UUGUAAUGCAAGGGUUCUCUCCAGACAUUACCCAAUAUUUGCAAUAAUAUUUUAAUUCGAAGGAAGGCAUCAUGGAAGAUAUAUCUGACGUAAAAAUUGUUCCAUGUGAAAAGUCAGGAUUCAUAAAACCACUGCGAAUGCUAUUUAAACAGAAUGGUAGGGAUAAGAUAUGGGAUGCCAUGGAGGUGCAUGAUAGUGUUGUAAUCAUUAUCUUCAACAAGACCAGAAAUGUUUUCAUUUUUGUUAAACAGUUCCGUCCAGCCGUGUACCUUAGCAGUUCCAAAAUAACAGAAGAAAAUGGAAGUAGACAGAUAAAGACAAGUGAAAAUCCACCCAAUAUGGGUGUGACCUAUGAACUCUGUGCUGGAAUCGUGGACAAGGACAUUGACAACCAGAGAAUAGCUCAGGCAGAGGUGAUGGAGGAAUGUGGCUAUAAGGUUCCAUUGGAAGGCAUAGAGCCAGUCACUUCAUACAGGAGUGGGGUAGGCACAACAGGGUCGCUACAGAACCUUUACUUUGCCGAAGUGACGGACCAGAUGAGGGUAGGGACGGGAGGGGGUGUGGCCGAGGAAGGGGAGCUGAUUGACGUAGUGGAGAUACCUCUGAGUGAGGGGAAGUCCUUCAUCACAGAUAAGGCUUACAACAAACCUGUAUCUAUGAUGUACGCACUCAUGUGGUUCUUCGACGUGAAGGCUAAACAUUAUGUGAAUGGAAAUAAACUAUGAUGGACAGAAACUGUUUAAUGUGAUUUUCUACAAAUAUGGACCAAUUCAGUAUGAUACGCAGCAUAUGAAAUAAUUUUUCAGUGAGAAAUGAUUAAAUACUUAUGUGAUUUUAGAAUCAAAUUUUCCUGUCAUACAGCAUUACUUUGAAGGCAAACUUUGCUGAAUAACAACCAGGUAGCUCAGUUGAUAUGUAAUUAAGAUCCAUCCAGUUUUGAAGUCAGGGGUUGGAAUCCAGGUAUGUUCGUAGAAUUUCGUUUAUAAUACACAUGCAGCAAUGGGUCCAUACUAGUGCCAUUGAAAUCUUGCUAACGUCAUGUGACACAUGUGUUUGUUGUCUGAUACAGGGUAUGUCUAUACAUCAUUAUACAUCAUCUUCAACAGAAGAUUGUAUUGAGUUGAAAAACAUUUAAAUCAGAUUAAUCAACAAAUAUGUUUGUCAUCUGCAUCAAGCAUUAACAUACAUGUAUGUAAUACUUGUACAAGGGACCUGUGUUAAUCUGGAAACCUGUGUUCCCGGCCCAUGUGCCAAGUUUUCUGAACUUCUGGGUUGUUGAACAACCAACCAAACCAAAUUUAUGUCUCUUGAUUGAUUAUAUAAUGAUUAAAACGUGUCUGAUAUAACAAAGUAGUUAUGUAAUUAGGAUAUCUUGUGCUAAUAGUAAAUAUUAAAAAUAUAUGUUAGUGUG